CAAGAUUUUUCUCUCACUAAUUCCCGUUCCCUUCUUUCAUCAAACCCUACCCUCUCCAUAUUCUACUCUCUGUACAGAAUACUGUCUGUACAGAAAGCCCAAUCGAUUUUAUUUCCCAAAAUUAUGGUAAGGGAGAACAACGGAUUCGAAGAGGACCUAAUUCUGCAGUCAGCAGCUGGCGUCGAAUUGAUUACAAAUUCGAAGAGGAACUAAAAGUGAGUAUCAUAUCAAACAGAAACUUAUCGAGUAGAACGACCGUGCGAUUGCGUGGUUGAUUAGAUUUCCCUCACUUGUGGUGCGUUGCGCGAACGUCGGCAGCAUUCUUUACUGUGUGGUGUUUCCUCCUCUCCAUGCCAUACCCAAUUUUUGUUUGUCCGUAAGAAUGUGGGGUUUGUUUUGCACCGUGCCUUCAUUUCAACUUAAUUAUGAGCGACUAAUUUUGCGUUAUUUCCUGUUUGGUUCCUGCAUUACGGUUCUUUUUGCGUCCGUAGAUUUUAUUUAUGACAAGCUAAAUAAGCGCCUGUCUUCCCAGGCGAUUAUUUUGGCCCUCCUCCGUGGAAGACAAAAAAAAAUAAAAAAAAUGGUUCUGGCAGUCUAUGUGUUAAUGUUCCUCAAAAUAGCACGAUUCAUGAAAUGUACGGAACAUUGGUCUCCACAAGGCGAGACAGUAACCUUCCGAGGGGUUCGUUUCUCCUACUGGGCCCUACUGGAACUGGUAAGACAAAUAUUUUCAGGGUCGUUGCCGAGCAUUGGUACUGUGUUCGACGAUAAGCAUGAGGACUUUUGGGGCCGUCUUGUGGGAGUUGUGUCGAGACGUCCUUACUCGAUGUUUGUUAUAGGCAAGAUCGAGAAGGCCUCUCCUUCUAUUACAAGGGUUCUCCUCGAGCUUUUGUGCCGUGAAGAUCAGGCAAGUGAUGUUGUCGACUUCUCUAACUUGCUCAUCUUAAUGACAUUAGUUCUUUGGAACCAGUUCUCGAUUAUUCCGUACAUAUUCCGUAUGACUCACGAUUGUGUUUUAAAAGGCAGUGGCCCCGAAAGAGCUCUUUCCGAGGCGAAACCGUUGUUGGGCAAUGACCUGGUCGAUAAAGUUUUUUAUUUUCAAGAGGGUAAAGGUGGGACGGCUUUAGAAAAAGCUUUGCUUGAGCACAUCAUUCCAUGGCUAACAACCGUAGAUGACCUUAAAACAAGAUAUGUUGCAGAACAAGAAACAUGUGAGGACGAUUGGUAUUUCAUGUUCAAGGACGGGAUCUUUGAUAAAUUGAUUGCCAAUGUAAGGAUGAAAGUGGAAUCCAUGCACUGGAUAUCCUACACUAAUUUCAAAGGUCUA